AUGCGUCCAAUUAAAUUAGGAUUACGACUAAUUUUCCUUCUCUUGUUGAAUUGGACAUUACUUAUAUUCUACUUUGCUUACAUUACAUAAGAUUAAGAUUUCAGUAUAAAUGAGACUAAACUAUUCAUAAACAGCAUCUUUGAACAUCACAUCUAAGAAUCUAAUACACAAGAUUAGAAUUAAAUUGAAAUCUAAAUUGAAAUGGGGGGAGAAGAAGAAUUUGAGUUUGCAGGAGAAGAUGAAAGAGAAAUUUAAUUUAUUGAUGAUCCAAAAGGAGAUCUCAUAGCUGUAGGAGAUGAUAAUCUAGACACUAAUUAUGAUUAUACUAUAUAAGCCAUAAAAGACAUCAACCCAAUCGAAUAAAAUAUUCUGGGUACAAAUGAACCUAUUCGUUAACAAACAUAGCUCAAUAUCCUUAAGGAUAAUCAUUAUUGUGAAUUGAAUAAUCUCUACGUUAUUACUCAUCAUCAAUUACCAAUCAAUAUCAUAACAGAUUAUCCAAAUGAUAAUGUUAUCACUUUUGCCUUAGGUGCUGCAGGUUAAGAUCUACUACCAGAUGUAAUACUAGAAAGUAAUAAAUUAUAUCAUCUUCCAUUCAAUGCCACCAUAUUCUUUAUGGAGAACCUUAAUUUUCAUAAAUAUUUUGAAAUAGGCUCUUAAUUUCUAUGUAAUUUCUAAGCAUACAAUCACAUCCCUGGUAUAGAAGUAUUAUUCAAAAAAUCAUCUCUUUAUGAAAUUCUUCAGAAAACAGAAGUACCUAUACCAGAAACCUUCAUCAUGAAUAAUACUACAUAAUGUUAAUAAUAUUUUAAGCAAUAUAAGAAUCUAGAAGAAUCGGAAUAUUUGAUUAAGAAUCAUAUUAAACGAUAAGUUUAGUAAUAGAGUCUUGAUCAUAAAUUCAUCAGAAGGAAAUAUCAGGAUGGCAAAAAUUGUGGGAUUGUGAUAGAUGAUCUUAUCAUACAAAAGAAGGUUGAAAAUAGACAAAAGAGAUUCUUUGCAAUGCUGUUGAUUAGUUUUUUAGAUCCAUUCUAAUAUCAGAUUUUCGAUGGCUUCUAUUAUAAGAUAUAAAAAGGUGUUCCUGUAGAUCAUCAAAGAUAUAAUGAGACAAUUAGUAAAAUGAUCACCGGUCAAAUUGAACAAUUUAUUCACAAAAUUCCAAUCCUCAAGGAUAAUAGAUUCUUCUCACUUAUGAGAAUGGAGUUCAUUGAAGCAGAUUAAAUCUAUCUUAUGUCUAUAACUCCAAAUAUCGACAAAGAUGCAUAGAUCAAAGAUUAUAUGACCAGUCUUAUAGUUUCUACGUUGUAAUUAAUUAACUUCCAAUAAAUCCAAAGAGUAUCCCUGUAUCAGAUUGAAAAUCAUUAUCAAUAUUGAAUAUAAGUUAACAGAUUAUUUAAAUUAAACAAAAA